UUUAGUUUCAUAUUAGAAGGUCUCUAGGAUCCUGCAUCUUGUCCCAGGCUUUGGGAAACCAGACGCCAGGAGGCUCAGUCAUUAGCAGGUGAGAGGAGCUAAAGCCUUUGGCAUUGGUAGCUGUUUCUGAGGCAGCAGGAGGUCCCAGCAGAGCCAGCAAGCACGGGGGUGUUUGGGCGGAGUAGGAUCUGUGCCUUCUGGGCUGGCAGAGCAACCUGGGCAACUCCUGCUGCUUCUCUGGCGAACGAGUGAGCCGGCAGGAGUGAGGCUGGUGCAGGGCAGUGCCCAGCCCCCAGGAGAAGGCCCCACCAGGCUGCGGCACCGUGAAGCCCAGCUAGAGUGAAGCCAGAGGCUGGGCUGUGGAGGUGCCGUGUGCAUUGGGGGAGCCGCCCUGCCCGUGGCCGGGGAUGGAGGCCAAUGGCAGCCUGGCCAGCGAGAUGGGCUCGUGCUUCCGCAGCACCAACCUCAGCACCAACCUCAGCGAGAACGGCAGGAAGCUGAUUGUCUCGCGCUGGUUCUCCACUGCCUUCGGCAGCAUCGGCCUUGCCUCCAACCUCUUUGCCCUCUGUGUGCUGGUCAGCUCCUCCCGGAAGAUGCACAGCCGCGCCCGCUCCUCCUUCCUCAUCUUCCUCUGCGGCCUGGUGGUGACGGACUUCCUUGGCCUGCUGGUGACUGGGACCAUCAUCAUCUCCUACCACUUCACCAAGUUCAACUGGAUGGUGGUCGACCCUGCUUGCUACCUCUGCAACUUCCUGGGCCUCUCCAUGGUCUUCUUCGGCCAGUGCCCGCUGCUGCUGGGAGCCACCAUGGCCGGGGAGCGCUUCUUUGGCAUCAACCGCCCCUUCUCCCGCUCCACCAGCAUGUCCAAGCGCCGAGCCUGGUUCAUGGUAGGCAUGGUCUGGGCCUUCUCCUUCUCCCUGGGACUCCUGCCCAUCCUGGGCCUGGGGGACUACACCCUGCAGUAUCCCAACUCCUGGUGCUUCAUCACUCUGCUUCAUGAUGCCAAGAACGUCACCUUCUGCCUGAUCUUCGCCCUGCUGGGCAUCCUGGCCGUAGGCCUCUCCUUCCUCUUCAACACGGUCAGCGUGGUGACGCUCUGCCGGGUCUACCAUGACCGCGAGUCAGUGCAGAGGCGGCGGGACAGCGAGGUGGAGAUGAUGGUGCAGCUGGUGGGCAUUAUGAUCAUUGCCACCGUCUGCUGGUUACCCCUGCUGAUAUUUAUCAUCCAGACGGUCCUGCAGGAGCCCGCCCCCGGCUUGCUGCCCCGACACAUCCCGCGGCAGACCGAGGAGAUGCUGCUGAUCUACCUGCGCAUGGUCACCUGGAACCAGAUCCUGGACCCCUGGGUCUACAUCCUCUUCCGCAGGGCUGUGCUGAAGCGCAUCUACCCCCGCCUCAAGACACGGCCCUCCAUCGUCUCCCUCUACCCCAUGCUCAACGCCUCCCUGCGCCGCAAGCUCACUCAGGAGUCUGUGCUGCAGUAG